UGGAUGAGAAUGGUGGGCUGUUGAAUAUCACAAAUUACUUUUUCUUUCAUAUUUACAUAUUUUUACAAAUUUAUUGCUUGGCAACCUGCUCAAAUCAUUAUUUUAAUACAUAUAAUUUGUUUUGGACAUUAAUCGCUAGCCCACUAUUUGCGGUGGGAUCUACGGCGGUGACGCCAUGUCUCGGAAGCUGGAGCCAGUGUGCUCGCUGUCCGGCCACACGGACCGGGUAUGGCAGGUGGCCUGGGAUCCGGCCGGCCGCACCCUGGCCUCCUGCUCGGCCGACAAGACGGUGCGGCUGUGGUCGGAGACCGGCGCCGGCUGGAGCUGCGCCACCAUCCUGGCCGACGGGCACGAGCGCACCGUGCGCGGCGUGGCGUUCUCGCCGAGCGGCCGGCUGCUGGCGUCGGCCAGCUUCGACUCCACGGCGGCCGUCUGGGACCGCGAGCAGGCCUGGGAGUGCGCCGCCACCCUGGAGGGUCACGAGAGCGAGGUCAAGGCGGUGGCCUGGUCUCGCUCCGGCAAAUACCUCGCCACCUGCUCACGCGACAAGUCCGUCUGGCUCUGGGAGCUCACCGACGACCGCGAGCUGGACUUUGAGUGCGCCGCCGUGCUGAUGGCGCACACACAGGACGUGAAGCGCGUCUCCUGGAGCCCGGUCGAGGACCGUCUGGCGUCGUGUGGCUAUGACGACACGGUCCGCCUGUACCGUGACGACGGUGACGACUGGGUGACCGGCGCCGUGCUCAAAGGUCACAGCUCGACCGUGUGGGCGGUGGCCUGGGAUGGGGCCGGUAAGCGAAUCGCCUCGGCUUCCGACGACGGCACGGUGCGGAUCUGGGCGGAGACGCAGCCGCCCGACCAGUGGAGCUGUGUGGCGCUCCUCUCCGGCUUCCACCAGCGCGCUGUGUACGACGUGGCCUGGUGUCCGCUGACGGGCCUGCUCGCCACCGCGUGCGGGGACGACGCCGUUCGGGUGUUUGCCGAGGAGCCGGGCGCGGGCGACGGCGGCGCGCCGGCCUUUGGCUUGGUGGCGUCCGUGCCGCGCGCCCACGGCCGCGACGUGAACGCCGUCAGCUGGAGCCCCACGGAGCGGGGAUUGUUGGCGUCGGCGGGCGACGAUAACCUGGUCAAACUCUGGCGGGUGAGUGAGGAGUGAGAGGUGUGGCUGAGUGACGCUAGGUGGCACGGCUGUCGCGGUGCUAAGUGCAGAUGACCAUGGGGUAGCAAAUGGACGGGGUCUGUGUAAACACAAGUAUGUAUAGAUUUGCUAUUGUUUUGCUUGAACUGAAAUCUGACAUAUAAACGUACGAACAAAUUGCACCAAUUGUUUGCCUUUACGUUCGCCACAUUUGGGUAGGAUAUCGUCGGGGAUUGGGUGUUCGGGUUCAUAACACCCCAAGUGGGUGUUUGGGCCGCAUCGUUGGCGAAUGGUCUAAGAACGGCUCAGCUAUAAAGCAAGUUAAAAAUACGCUGGGCCAGGUAGGAUUAACAGACGGGGCUGAAAAAUCAAUCGUCAAUGCUCAAUCUGAGUAAAGGUAUUGUGGUUUUAAACCGACUUUACCAGAGCUAGAACUUUUGGAAUUCUUAAAAUCCUAAAUCUAAAAAUCUUCAGUUUCGAAAUCCUAUCCUGAGUAACGUUUCAGACUGCGUGAAUAGCAACGGCGCUGUAGCUGGUCAUCCAGCCGAUAGAGAGUGUCGCUUCAGUCGUUUUCACGCUCACCCCUUUUUACUCGGGUCCUGGGCCAGGUGACGCCAAGCCACCAGUCAGGUCAAUAGAGGUCAACAAAUUUGAAUUUUCCUGAUUGCAAUGUUUGGCCACAUUGGUCAUGAUUGUAAACAAAUGAAAAUUCAUCGAAAUAAUUAGAUGGUACUGUCGCAAGCUUUGUGACUUAUGUGGCCUCAGAUGCGACCUCAGGUCAAUCGUUGAAUGAGCAAUUCCGAGAAGUUUUCAUCGCUUUAGUAUGCACAUAGCAUGUACAUAGCAUGUAUCAGAAGAUGGAAAUGCCGGGUCACCUGUGUGAUUUUCCUAUUAGUGUCACGGGUCACAGGGUCAAUGAACAUAUUUGAGUGCUUACAAUGGUUCAUGCGAAAGAAGGGUCUCAUUUUCUCUCUAACACUUGCAUUGGAGAUAGAGGGGUCGUGAAAUUCGCCUGAAUAGGUAAUCGAACUAAGUAAUCAACCACAUCCCUUUACAUUCUGUCACCAAAUCGUCAUCUCGUCAAAGCAGCAAUGGCAGCAUGUUCUGUUUUCUGUUUGUUUUGUUUUGUUGGGUUAGGCCCUUUCGGUCCAAUGAGAUCGUUUCAGAGCCGGGAGGAUGAUAGGAUAUAGGGGGAGACAUUGGUCUGGGCAGGCACCCUAGUGAGUCGCCGGGGCUGAGCCCGUCCAGAGGACAGGCCACCCAGCCCCAAGGCACUCUUUGCACCCGGCUACGGGGAGCGCUCCCUCGGGAGCAGCGGUGCCGCUCCAAGGGAGCAGCCCGCAUGAGAUAAAGUUGCCUGUCCAGCCCGGAAGGGGUUGCGGCGUGGAGGAGAAGGAUUUCAGUUUCCUGAGGAUAGAAGCACGGAACGGUGUCUGUUUUCUUGAGGUGUGAUCACCUAAUGUGACCUGGCGAUUGGAGUCCUUGCCUCCUGUCAGAUAUCUGCUCGCCUCUCUGUCCUGGUUUGUGAAAAUUUCAGCCCUAGCCGACUUCCCAUUGCGGCCCCUUACCAUGUUCCAGCAAUGGUCCCGAGAAACUCGUAUGCAUCUGAAUUGCCUUUUCAGCAUCGUUUGUGGCCCUGCAUCUCUGAAAUAUUUGACAUCGACCAUCCAUUCACUCGCGAUUUCCUAAAACGUUAAUGUUAAUUCCUAAAAGUUAAUGCGUAUCCAAACGUUGCCUUGGUCACAAACUGAUCACAAACUACUCAAAACGUUUUGCCGGAAACGUUUCGGUCAAACGUUUCGGGACGUGUUCCAACUCGUGUUUGUCUGUUCCCUCCGACUCGUGACUAUGAGUCACGUCUGACCGCUGAGCUGCGGCCACAGGAUUACGUGGCAAAACAGACCACUAUCACAUGUCAGAGGCGCAGACAGGCACCGACAGAGGGAUGACGUGGUUGAACUUGCGAAGGUGGAUAGACAGUAACAUUCCCCUGAACGAGGGUAGUUCUUUUGCAUGGGUUUAGCCUAGGGACGUUUUUUUUUACCGAGGGCAGCCCACCCCUGUCCCUCCUGCGUAGCCUGCCUGGGACCGCCACUGUCGGGUCGUCGGCCAAGCGCAUGACGCAACACCGGUUGCGUCAUUCCGAAGUUUCGCGAAGCUCGGUUGCACCACGUUACGGAAGGUCAUGACUUGCAUGUUUUGGUCUCAAAACGGCGCCGCCCGCCCACCGGCGCACAGUCGGUCGGACCGAAAGCCGAGAGCGACAUCUAGUGACGGAGCAAGUGACGGCAGAGACAGCUCGGCAUAGCAGACAGCGGACAGCGGUGACACCGACAGCAAUCGGUGACAGCGGUGGACAGGGGUGACAGGUGACAGUACGGUGACAGCGGUCAGCGGUGACAGUAAGGUGACAGCGAUGCCAGUGUGCAGUGAGAUGCCCUGGGGCGGCCCGUUCCACGGCCCCCACGGGUACAGUAGGGGAUGGGCAGGCCGGGGCGGGUACGGCAGAGGGGGUUUCGGGGGCUGCGGUCGCGGCGGUGGGCUGGGAGGAUGGGGUGCUCGUGGUAUGGGUCCAUGGGGCUUCUGGGGUCACCACGGUCCGCACCAUGGUCCGCAUGGUCACCGUGGUCAUCACCAUGGUCCGCCUCCCCCUCCUCCCCACUGCGGUCCUCCCCCUGCUCCCCACUGUCCUCCCCACCACGGCGGACCGAGGGGCGGGUUCCACGGCGGCUGCCGCGGAGGGAUGGGCGGCGGUCCCAUGCGGGGUCGGGGUGGGUUCGGGUCCUGCGCCAGGGGUGGGUUCGGGUCCUGCGCCAGGGGUGGGUUUGGGUCCUGCGCCAGGGGCGGGUUCGGGUCUCGGGGUCGGAUGGGCCCUUGGGGAUGGGGGCCGUUCGGAACUGGGCCUCGCCGCUGGAGCUCCCGGCCCGGCGCCUUCGACGCACCGUUCGACGAUCGCCUUCUGGUGGCCAUGCUGCUCAACUUCGACCUGCCAGACUUCUCACGAGAUGGCGACACUGGCGAGGAAGUGCCGCCGUCCGCUCCGGAGCCUGAGCCCGAGCCUGAGACCACUGAGAGUGAGACGAACACCAUCCGCAUCGACACACGUCGGUUCAACCCUGAGGACAUCCGCGUCAGUUUCUCUGAGGGCGAGCUGCGCGUCUCGGCGGCGCACACAGACGACAGCGGCGAGCAGGUGACCCUGACGAGGUCAGCGACCCUGCGGCCCGGGUCAAAGGUCACAGCCCGACUGGCAGCGGACGGGUUCCUGUAUAUCCGAGCCGAGGAGCCGACGGAGAGGGACGUGCCGGUUCAGGUGGAGGAGGAGAGGCAGGAGUGAAGGACCGUGUCAGGAGAGGCAGAGAAGGGCGGAGAGAUAGGUUUUCCUUGGCAGGGCUAGAAGUUCCACCGCGAAUAGGAAACCUGCCAGUGCCAGGUAAAGCGCACUUUUUGGGUGGCGGAAAUUGAUAUUGUUUACAGGUGUUGAGAAUAGGGAAAACGCGAAAUUGGCUAAGCUUGCUUAUGGUAACCCUUCAGUCAAAACAUUUCUUAGGUAAACGUAUUUUUUGUUCAGUCAUUCAGAUUAACGUAGCCAUAACAAGCUCGUGGGCGAUAUGCCUUUAAUUUCUUUAUACGGUCUCUUUCAUUAUCGACAAUUAUUUAAGCUGUGUUUAGCUUAGGUAAAUCUCCGUUGCAUGAAAGAUGAGUUCACAAUUCUAUCAAUGUACAUAAAUAGGUAUAGAUAGCCGUACAUUCAGUGAUAUAGCAAAUGUAGGAGCGCGAGUGUGAUGUACGUACGAUGUGUGUAUAAACAUGUGUAAAAUAAAAAAAUACAAAAUGUUCAAA